AGGGGUUUCACUAGGCUGGGGAAGGCAGCAGCCUGUUUCCACACAACACUGACUGCAGAGCUGAAAUCAGGAGAGCUGCUCUUCGCAGGCACUAGAGAGCCCUGGCUAGCUGUACAGCUCUCUUCUGCAAGCAGGCCACUGAGCUCUUUACACAUUUGUUAAUGGAUGUGACCCCCUGUCCCUGGUCCAGGAGGUGACAUUAACUGCCCGCUACUGCUCUGAUAGACAGACUCCAGACCCCACCAUGACUGAAUGCUUUGACUGCCACCACUGCAAAGAGUCCUUGUUUGGCAAGAAAUACAUCCUGAGAGAGGACAGUCCCUACUGCAUGAAAUGUUACGAAAGCCUUUAUUCCAACACCUGCGAGGAAUGCAAACACCCCAUAGGUGCUGAUUGCAAGGAUCUGUCUUACAAGGACCGGCACUGGCAUGAAACCUGUUUCCACUGCUUCCAGUGCAAGAAUUCACUGGUGGACAAGCCCUUCGCUGCAAAAGAGGACCAUCUACUUUGUACUGAUUGCUACUCCAAUGAAUACUCUUCCAAGUGUAAUGAGUGCAAGAAGACUAUUAUGCCAGGUACUCGGAAGAUGGAAUACAAGGGCAGCAGUUGGCACGAGACCUGCUUUAUCUGCUACCGUUGUCAACAGCCAAUUGGGACAAAGAGUUUCAUCCCUAAAGACAAUCAAAACUUUUGUGUACCCUGCUAUGAAAAGCAGUUUGCCAUGCAGUGCGUCCAGUGCAAGAAGGCUAUCACUACAGGAGGUGUUACUUAUCGGGAGCAGCCAUGGCAUAAGGAGUGCUUUGUUUGUACUGGAUGCAAGAAGCAGUUGUCUGGACAACGCUUUACCUCCAGGGAUGAGUUUGCAUAUUGCCUGAGCUGCUUCUGCAAUCUCUACGCCAAAAAGUGUGCUGGAUGCACAAACCCAAUCAGUGGACUUGGAGGAACCAAGUACAUCUCUUUUGAAGAACGACAGUGGCAUAAUGACUGCUUUAACUGUAAGAAGUGUUCUCUCUCACUAGUAGGACGCGGCUUCCUCACAGAAAGGGAUGAUAUUCUUUGCCCUGAAUGUGGAAAGGAUAUUUAAAGCUCAAAAAGUGGGGGCAGGGGGGGCACAUGGUGCCAGGAGGAAGCUGUGCUUGCAGUAUAUACUCUAAAAUAUGCAGACAUUUGGAACUAGCUUUGGCAUUCUGUGUUUCUCUGUACCAUUCACAUCACCUAACCUUUUCCUUCAAACUCUCCAAUGCUGCAGGGAAAGCAAUUUCAAAAGCUCUAGUAGCAGUGUUGGUGUUUCAGAAUUUCUGUAGCUAACCAAAACUAAUGCAAAACCUGAGACGUAAAAUCGUUUGGGUGUUAUUGACAUAGCAUACUCCUUUCUUCACUAAAUAUUCCAGUUUAAGCAUCUGAUUUAAUUUACAAGCAAGCGAUACAGUUCAAGGAUUACGAUGACCACACACAAAUUCAUAGAUAUUCAGGAUGAAACCCUCAACCUAUUGAAAUCAAUGGCAAAACACCAUCAAUUUCAAUAAGGCUGAGGUCUCACCUCAAUGUUCUUGAGCUAUGUAACUAGUGUGUGCUGUCAAGUGCAUAGAAAGACUGUGGAUGUAGUGUGUUUUGAUGUACAGAGAUUUGUGCCAUGCUG